AUGGCAUCGGCACCUUUUCACCAGUCGGUGCCAGUUCCUCCACCAUCGGCCCAUCCGCUAUCAACUUUGGACUGGGGCGCAGCGGUACAUGGAUCAUCAGCUUUCCUCCAAGCCACAAACCACGAACAUCAAUUAACUUCCGGAGACGGUGGCGGGGCGCCCGCGCCACAACUGUUCCAAGCUGAUGCCUGGCAUGGCGCGCCUCAACCGGUAUACGCAACAUCCUACCCUGGAAGCGCUGGCUCCGGCGCACAUGGGCAUAUAAACCAGCACGCAUGGGGUCACACACAAUCCUACAUCGGGGCCCCGGCCCCGGAUUACCCUCCUCAAUAUCCGGCAUGGCAGCACACAGGAUACGGUCAGCUGCAUCCUCCUCACGAAGCCCACGCGAAUUACUACCAGCAACACUACCAGCAGAACCAGUACAUGCAUCCGUCGCAAUAUGCCUGGCAAAGCUACCACUGCCACAGCGCCAUAUUGAAGUACCCGGCGGCGCCUGCAGACGGUGCCAACACCAGCGACGGCGGGAAUGGUGAUGGCACAUGGAAGGGCUGGGCGUCGUACAGCGGAGCACGGCCGGAAGAUUCCUCUCCGUCUACGGCGGAACCUCCUUUCCCGACCACACGGUCGGCAGGGACUGCACUGCACCAACACUACGCAUCGAAACAGCACCACCAACAGCAGCAGCAGGAUGGUCAGCAAGAGCAGCAUUAUUUGCAGGAUCAAGAAAAGAGGCAUCCUCGGCAUCCUCAUUACCAUCAUCCGCAGGAAGAGCAGCAGCCGCAACAACAACAACAUACAACAAAAGCACAAAAGCAACAGGAGGAUCAUCCGCAGCGAGGCACAGGGGGAUUCUCACCCGCCGCAGCAGUGGCAGCGUCGGGAGGCAACACUUGCGCAGCGACCGGAUCAGCUAACGAUUUAUACGACCCCAUGGUUGACGUAGAAGCAGUGGCAGAGCCGGUGGCCGCCACAACCGCCGCCGCCGUCAAAUUGACAGGGCCGGCGGCGCAGGAACCAGCGGCAGGUACCAGCAGCCGCCAGGCGACGGCAGCUAACGGCCCCAUCCCCCAACCCGGGGGGAGGGAGGGUGACGUCCGGGGUCUACAUGACGGAGCCAUAGCGGAGGCAACGUUGGGGCCGGCGGCGCCGGCGGCGGGCGUCGACCUAAUCGUGGUGUGGGACCUGGAUGAGACGCUGAUUAUAUUCAAUUCACUGCUCAGCGGUGCCUUUGCGCGCGCCGCCGCGGCGGCGGCGGGCCGCGGUCCCGCAGAUGGCACCGCCGCUGCGGCAGCGGCGGCUAAGGUUGCGCCUGCGGCGGUCUCUGGCGGCGGCGGCAGCGGCGCAGUCAGUGGCGAUGAUCCUGCUUCGGGGCUGGCGGGUCAGGCGGCUGAGUUGGGCCGUCGAUUAGCGGAGAUGGUGUUCGAUUUCUGCGAUGAUCACUUACAUUUUAAGAUGGUGAGCCUAGCCCACUGGGGCUAUGACGGUAACGCCUGCACCCGCACACCCGCACUGGCUCACCGCCAAGGUUCAACCCACCUUGCGGACCCCGGCGCUGCUGACGAUGCACGAAUUGUGUUGUCCGUUAUGACCGUUGUUAAACAGUUGGACGACAUGGAUCCAGUCUGCUUCCGGGAGCUGUGGUCGUUAUCCUCAAGGGCUGCUAAAGCCGCUGGCGGUGACGCGGCUACAGCGGCGGCGAUGGGCGCUGGCGGUGGCAGCACCGGGCGCAGCAAUGCACGAUCAGCCGUAGAUCGUGCGUAUGUAGAACGUAUCGCCGAGGUGUACAGCAGCGGCGCCGCCGGCCUCUCUGGCGUCAUCGGCGACGCCGGUUGUCGUACACGGGCGUCCGCGCUGGCGGAAACGGAACGCCUGACGGGCGACUGGUUGGCGGCAGCGCGGCGGCUAUUGGCAGGGGUCGCUGCCGCCGCCGCCACGGCACCGCCGCCUGGGUCAGGUGUCCAGCAGCUGGCCUUCCGUACAGUACGACACGUCCUGGUCUCCGCUGGGCAUUUAGUUGCGACAUUGGGCAAAUUGGUGUUGUGGGGCCUGGACGAGCAUUUCGACAUUCGGGACGUCUACAGCGCCAGCGGACGACCCAAGCUCGAGAUCUUCAGACAACUGAAGGCGCAGUUCGGCCCAACAGCCGCCUACGUCGCAGUGGGGGAUGGCCAGGAGGAGGAGCGGGCGGCGAUGGUCAUGGGUUGGGGCUUUGUUAGGGUGGGGCUGGUGGCGUCGACGGCUUCCCGACCGGGGACGGGACCGGGGACGGGGCCUCCGGGGGCGGUUCAGGGCGAGGGAUUCCCCGCCCGGCCGUCAGGGCGAUGGAUUCAGGGCGAUGACCUGGAUCCACUUCGCCUUGCACUUUUUGAUACAGGGCGAUGGAUGACGUACAACAAAGGUCACACUUGGCAAGAGAACAUAAGCCUGCCAACUGAUAACAUUUCAGUAUUCCUUUAA